CUCGCCCCUCCUUUCCCGCCUCAAUUUGCAUACUUUUACUUGUACCUCUACACUUCAGCGCAUACCUAGUCAAAUGCUCGACUUUCUCAUUUGUGUGGGCGGCAUAUAUACAUGCUUCCUGACAUGGUCGGCGAUGCAGGAGCGAGUCACCACACAGACAUACGGUGCCGACGCGCAAAAGUUCCAGUAUACGAUCGUGCUCAACCUCAUCCAGGCGAUGACGGGCAGUCUUGUUGGAUUUAUAUAUUUGCGUGUUGUGCAGCGGAAGGCCAUGCUUGACAUGUCGCGGCGGCGGUGGCUCCGAUUCUUCCAGGUUGCAUUCAUGGCAUCAGUGGCGUCGCCGUUCGGGUACAUGGCACUGCGGUACAUCAACUAUCCGACAAUGACGCUAGCAAAGACGUGCAAGCUAGUGCCGGUGAUGAUGAUGAACGUUGUGUUGUACAAGCGCAAGUAUCCUGCACACAAGUACGCGGUGGUGGCGAUGAUCACAAUGGGCGUAUCGGCGUUCAUGCUGUUCAAAAGCAGCAGCAAGGGCAGUGCGAAGGCGACAGAGAACAGCUUGUACGGGCUGUUUUUGGUGUUCAUCAACCUGGCAAUCGACGGGCUCGUCAACUCGACGCAGGACCAUAUCUUUGCAGACGACAAGGAGGUGACGGGCCAGCACAUGAUGUGCCUGAUGAAUCUGUGCUGCAGCAUUUUGAUGGCGCUGUGGCUGAUGAACCCGUUCAACCCGGAGCUGGGCAGUGCCGUGGCGUUCCUGCAGCAGCACCCGCGUGCGACUGUCGACAUUGGCAUGUUCGCCGUGUGCGGGGCGCUGGGCCAGUGCUUCAUCUUCUACACGCUGGCCAAGUUUGGCUCGCUGACUCUGGUAACAGUCACGGUGACACGCAAGUUCUUGACAAUCCUGUUCUCGGUGUUCUACUACGGGCACCCACUCAACGGAUGGCAGUGGGCUGCUGCUGGAAUCGUAUUUGCGGGGAUCACGCUGGAUGUUUACAAGAAGCAGGCUGGAAGGAAGGCGCAGAGGCAGGUGCUGGUGGAGGUGACCAGUGAUGAGAAGGCAAAGGUAAAGGCUGAGGAUGAGCUGAGCGAUGACGAAAAGCUGGCAGUGGACGGGCAGGCGAGCUUGUUCGUGCCGCCCCCGCUCGGCAGCAAGGUAGAGGGUAUCGAGCAGCAAAUUGGCGAUCUACGCCGUCGUCAGCAAGCAGUUAGUGUCGCGGCAGCGUGAGAAUGCGGCUGAGUAUAGAUAUUUUUGGGUCUGGCAACAUA